AAGAUCCUCUGGUCAGGUUGAGAAGCAUGCACGAAUAGGCAAGCCAGAUCACACUACCCCGAAGAAGCAUGUGGCUAUUUGGAGCCCCCAGAGCGAACGAACACGGAACGUCUACGGACCCAUACACCUGCAUCUCGUCGGCUGUGCUUCGUGCUUGCACGCCUGGCGUAGGGAGAGAUGUGAUAGAGGUUGCUCUGCUGGAAAUGGAGCCAUACAUGGAAGAACAGAAAUACAUCGCUGAGUGCUUGAAGCAUAUGAAAUGUAGGAUAAAAGAUUUCGAGCCAAUGGUACAGAAAAGCGGGUUGGAGUUUCUGAAUUUCUGCAUGUCAAAAUUCGGAAGAACAUUCAGAGUUGAAGUACAUAGAAAGGUUCUCUCACGAGUGCUCAAGUUUGCUCAGCCGAAGUUCAAAUACCCGAAGACGAUCUGUGAUCUGUCCAAGAAGCUGAUAGUCGAUUGGGCCGAGAAGUAUGGAGCCGAGGCAACGGAAUUCGCAUCGGCUGCUCGCGCUCUGGGAUGGGUUGGAGCGACUGGCGGUGUUGUUCCUCCAGCCAUGAACCCAUCCAUAGCGUCAGGCUACAUUGAGCAAUCUCCCACUGUGCCUCCUACUCAACAAUUCGACGCUAGCCAACUCGCCGACGCUUCUCCUUUCUACGUCUCUGCAAUGAAAGCGGCCCAAGGAAAUCCCAGUGUCAGCCCUGAAUACCAGUUCAACAUCUUGGUGCUGCUGCUCAAAGGCCUGUACAAAAGAUGACUUUCGACCAAGCUUCUGAAAUUUUGGGCCUGAUGGCAUCAGUCUUG